AUGAGUAACGAGGGUGGAUUCUUUGAAAUGCAUGACCAAACCGGUGAACUGUUUCUCGUACGCGAAAUCGAUUUGGAAAGUCUGCCAAACGCUGUACUCAGUCUUCAAAUACAGGCGGCACAGGUAGACAACCCGUUACGGCAGGCAUUGGCCAGAGUUGACGUGUUUGUGAUGGAUGUGAACGAUAAUUCGCCUGAAUUUGAAUACGAUAUGUAUAACAUAACUGUGAUGGAGAACCUGCCGCCGGGUUUCACUGUCCUUCAAGUGUUUGCUGUGGACACCGAUAAGGGAGAGAACGCGCACUUCAAGUAUGUGUUGGACGACGGCUCGGGUGCCUUCAAGAUCGAUGAGAACACCGGUUGGAUCUCUGUUAAGGACCCGACGAGACUCGACCGCGAGAACAACGAUCGCAUCCAAAUGAAAGUGUCGGCCAUUGAGCGCAAGCCUAACAUCAAUCCCGAGUCGACGAAAGCCAAGUUCACGACCGUUGAGCUCAACCUAUUGGACGCCAACGACAAUAAUCCGCAAUUCUUUCCAACAAAUCUGUAUACGUUUAGUGUGUUAGAGACGGCUCCGGCCGGUACUAUAGUGGGCAGUGUUUAUGCCAAUGAUAAGGAUCUUAACGAAAACGGAAGAGUGUUUUAUUACAAACAAAACGAUACCACCAGUCAAAGUGUGCCCUUCGAUGUCUUCCCUCACAACGGCUCAGUCCAUGUGAUCGACACAUUCCCGCACUUGGCCUCAAAGCCCAGUCAAUACACGUUCUUCAUAGUAGCCUCCGAUUCGGCCAAAAUCAAGUUCGAGAGACGAACCGGUGUUUCAAUCGUCAAAAUCAAUGUCACGGAUAUUAAUAACAGUAUUCCCGAGUUUAUUGGCGCCCCUUUCGAGGCAUAUGUGGGCGAAUCGCUGCCCGAAGGGGCGUAUGUCACACAAAUCAUGGCCAGAGAUGCCGACCCCACAGACCUUAAUCUCGAGUUUUCAAUCGUCGCCGGAAAUGACGAGAAUGGCCGAAUAUUUACGGCCGCAGUUUUGGAUUACGAAAGAAAACAAAGUUACGACCUUCUGGUGCAAGUGUCCGAUGGCAUCAACACUGCCGUCGCACCACUUCUUGUGAAUUUAGUUGAUAUUAAUGAUAACGCACCGCAUUUUACACACAAUUUCUACAACUUUUCUUGUGUCGAAGAAAUGGCUGAAAAUAUGACAAUCGGUUCAGUGCUUGCAUUAGACAGAGAUUCCGGUAAAAACUCUGUCAUCAGAUAUAGUAUUAUCGGAGACCACGCGAGCGAUGCUUUCUUUAUAGAGCCCUUCACUGGGAAUAUAAAAACCCGUUUACGUCUCGAUCGGGAAUCCGAGUCCAGAAUCGAGUUUAUGGUCAUUGCAUACGAUAACGGUAUUCCUCAGUUGAGUGGAACCGCUAGUGUUGUUGUGGCCAUUGAGGACAUCAACGAUAACGCGCCCUUCUUCGAGCAAAGCCAAUACACCAUUGAAGUGUCCGAAGAAAUGGAUCCACCCAUCGAUGUAUUCCAAGUGAAAGCUAGCGAUCGCGACGCCAACGAUAACGCGGUCAUCAAAUACUUGAUAUUAGCGGGAAAUGAAGACAACGCUUUCAAUAUAAACCCAGAAUCGGGUCUUUUGUCGACCGCAGAGAAACUCAAUUAUGAAUUCAAAACUGAAUACAAGCUCUUUGUUGCGGCCAGAAAUCUGCGACCAUUUCAAGGCCCGAAUGCGGCCAAUAUUAUCAACCCGUCUGUUGAGGUGACGAUUAGAGUACGCGAUAUCAACGAUGAGUUGGUUGUCUUUGACCAGCAGUCCUAUCACUUUAGGAUAUUUGAAAGUAUGCCCCGAAACCAAGUGGUCGGUCACGUGAACGCCACAAAUCCCGGCCGACUGUCCAAUGAACAGGACAUCAUCUAUUGGAUCGGCGAAGAGAAUAGGAAACAGAAGGGAAAGUUUGCCAUCAAUUCAAAAACAGGCGAAUUAUCUCUAAAGGAUGUCAUCGAUAGAGAUAUGCCUUCAAAUGAACAAUCAUUCAAAUUGAAAGUAUAUGCGAGGGAUAGGCUAUCAAUCAACUCAUUUAACACAAGUGUUCCGGUGAUCAUCGAUGUGAUCGAUGUGAACGAUAAUUCGCCCGUUUUUAAUGAGGACAGAUAUGUCUUAGAAUUACCAGAGAGUAUACCCCCGGGAACUACUUUCCCGACCUUUUAUCGCGUCAAUGAUCUGGACUCAGGCGCUAACGGAAAGAUCGCCGCCUAUUAUCUCAACGCAACACAAGAAGACCUACAGAUGUUUGCUAUUAAUAACAUUACUGGAGUCAUAACAUUGAUAUCUGCACUCGAUUUUGAGACCAAAGAUAAGCACGAGUUUGGGAUUAUAGCGGUGGACGGCGGACAGCCGCCCAAUAUAGGCACCGCCACUGUUGUGGUCAAUGUGGCCAACAUUAAUGAAUAUUCACCAAAGUUUGUGGGACUUCCCUAUGAGUUCUUAGUGCAGGAAAAGGCAUUUGAGGGCACGAGUGUCGGGCAGAUCAGGGCUGUGGACGAAGACGGGAAUGUCAUAAAGUAUGCCAUCUCUGACGGCGACACCGAAUACUUCAACAUAGAAGAGGACAGCGGAAGGAUAUUUGUCCGAAAGCCACUCAUUUCCAAAAUUCAGUACUCAUUCAUAGCGCGGGCCACCGAUGACGGCGUCCCACAGAACUUUAGUUUAGGCGUUCAGGUGAUCGUUAAGGUUCGCGAGAGUAAUGAUUAUCCGCCGAUAUUUACGUCAAGCAAUUAUCACGGAGUGGUCGUCGAGAAGCGGGAAACAGAUAAAGUGAUUGUUAGAGUGGAAGCCGUCGACAAAGACUUGCAAAACAAUUCAGUUGUGUAUUCACUGGUCGGCGGAAAUGAAGACUCAAUUUUUACCAUAAACAACAAAAACGGUGAAAUAAAAGUGGUUCCGGGAGUUGGCGUUAAAAUCAAUUAUGACGUUAAGAAACAGUACGCGCUGUUAGUACAGGCGUCUGAUUCACACAACACUCCCCUCUACGGCCUAACUAUGGUUGUGAUCGACGUUCAGGACACCAAUGAUCACCCGCCGGUGUUUACCAAAUCUGCUUAUUCGGCAACUCUUAACGAGAAUCUUCCGGCCGGUCAUUGUUUCCUCACACUUGAGUCCAACUCACGAGACACUGUCGAUAGUGUCUCUUAUCUUCUCUCCAAUAGUAAAGAUCAAAAUGUUUUUGCCGUCAAUAAACAGACGGGAGAAAUAUGUACUAAAAAGGUGUUGGACAGGGAGGUCAAGGAUAAGUAUGAGUUUGCAGUCGUGGCCACCGAUGGAAAGUAUGAAGUAUUGGUUCCGGUCUCAGUCGAAAUAAUGGACGAGAACGACAAUCCACCCCGUUUUGAACAGGAUAAAUAUCUUAUAUCCAUACCAUACGACUUGCAUCCGGGCCAGAGUGUGGUGCAGGUGCAGGCGUCCGACCCGGACAGUGCCAACAACGGGGACGUCACCUAUUGGAUCAAGAAUACUCACGGGAUGUUUGAAAUCGAUGCCAAAACCGGUUUAGUCCGACUCGUGGCUAAUCUGCCGAAAGACAAGCAAAACGCCACUUACGAGAUGGAAGUGUUCGCUCAGGACCACGGGGUCACUCCCAAUAUCGGCAAAUCAGUUCUAGUCGUGAGGGCGUCAAACACUAUAAACCAUCCGCCAAAGUUUGAUCGCUUCUCAUACUCUGUCAACGUUGACGAAAACAUUACGGGAAUACCGUUAAUACAAGUGCUGGCGUUAGAUCCCGACCCCGGAAAGGCCGGGAAAGUCAUUUAUAGGAUCGUCAAGUCGUCCAAUCCUAACGCCUUCCGGAUCGACAAAAACACCGGUAGAAUCACAUUAGAGUCGGCGCUCGACUACGAGUCCAGCAAAUUUCACGAGAUUGUGGUCGAGGCCAGGGAUGAGGCCAAGGAAUCGCAGUCUGCCGUCACUGUAGUACAGAUUCACGUCAAUGAUAUGAACGAUAAUUCUCCGGAAAUAUUGUCAAUGCCUCGCAUUCUUCGGGUCCCGCAAUCGGUGUCGCCAAACAGUGAAGUCAUAUAUACCGUGCAAUCAAUAGACUUAGACAGCGAUCGUAACGGCAAUAAUCAAGUGGUUUACGCACUCGAACCUCAAAGUCAUUUCUUCGCCAUUAAUGCAAUGACAGGACAGGUAUUCGCGACACAAAAACUCAUACCAAUGACCGAAACGCUGCGAGUGAUCGCCACCGAUAAGGCCAGCGCUGGCCAUCUGUUCAGCUCUAAAGACUUGCGGAUCGAAGUGUACAAAGACUCGAUAGAAGAGCCCACACCUGUGUUCACAUCAGUGCAAUACUUUGUCCAAAGCGACUCAGCCUUAGAGCCGGGCGCCACUGUUCUCACACCGCGGGCCACAAUUCCCAACGGCUCUCCCGUUUGGUAUAACAUCUCGAGCGUCAGCGCCGGUCAAUACAACUCGAAGAAGUUCAAUAUAGACCACGACUCCGGACGCAUAUUCACCACCAAUAGACUCGAUCCGUUGGAUCUGAAACAAAAUGUCAACGAUAAUAACCCAGUGUUUAUUCAAAGCGAUUUCAUUGUUGAGUUGAAAGAAAACACACCCAUUGGUCAAGUGGUGACCACUUUGAUGGCCACCGAUAAGGACGAAGUGGACGCCGGAAAGUUGACAUAUCAUGUGAUGGAAGGCAAUGAAGACGAGAUGUUUGACUUGGAGGAGAAGACAGGCGUACUGUCCGUUAAGAUAGUGCCCGAUAGGGAACGAUCGCCCGCUUAUGUGCUGCGAGUGGUGGCGGUCGACAGCGCCAACAAUACCGGUUGGACUAAUGUUCACAUCAUUAUUCUCGAUGAGAACGACUGGACGCCCACUUUCCUCAACGAGACGUUUGUUCUCAACGUAACCGAAGGGCCGACAAGUAUUGGGACGCGAAUGAGAUUACCUGUCGUUGAUUACGACGACGGCAUUAACAGACAAAUGGAGGUCUAUAUCGUCGACGGAAACUCAAACGGAGAGUUCCGACUCGAUGUGGACGAAGGCGGACCUCUUCUGACCAUUGUUUCCGAAUUGGAUCGCGAAAAGUAUAACGUGAAAGACUCGGCUCUUCACCUGCUGUUCGUGGCGGCCAAAGACAAGGGAUCGCCUCAACGCGUUGGCAAAGCGAUGGUUGCAGUGGUUAUUGAAGACAUCAAUGACUCGCCGCCGAAGUUUGAACGCGACUCCUAUUAUCAGUUUAUAUCAGAAGACGCGCCCAUCGGUAUAGUUGUUGCAGAACUCAAGGCCACAGACGCCGACUCUUCCGUUAAUACAAACCUCGUUUACUCUUUUGCCAAAAAUGCAGGAAAUGUUCCGUUCGCUAUCGACCCCCUGACCGGUAUUGUUAACAUUUCACGACAACUGGAUAUCUCUGAGAACCAACAAUACCUCAUAACUGUUGAGGCAUUUGAUGGUCAAUGGAAAUCGACUACGACAUUAAAUGUAAUCGUAAGCGAAGCCGAGGAAAGGGAUCCCCGUUUUGAUCACUCCCACUAUCGGUUCGCUGUCCUCGAGAACCAAUCGGGAGUUUUGGUCGGAAGGGUUGAGCUCAAGCCCAGAAAGCAUCGAAUCAAUGCAUUAAUGAAGUAUACAAUUGUCAAUUCAGAGAUGAAAUCUAUCUUCAAUAUAACGAUGGACGGAGAAAUCUACACAAAAGUAGGAUUAGAUCGCGAAAAGAGGAGUAAUUAUAUAUUCACUGUUAAACUGGAGGAGAAGAGACCGACCACUAAGAUUAGUGUGAGUGAAGUGAUUGUGGAUGUGUUGGAUAUGAACGAUGAGGUGCCGGCGUUUAGUACGAUAUAUAGGGGACACAUCAAAGAGAACUCAUUGCCGGGAACUUCGGUCACAAUUUUGCCCCAAAUCCACGCCAACGAUAAGGACGCCGGAAAUAACUCGAUCAUAGCCUAUAGCCUGUCCGGAGAGGGAAGCGAUUUAUUUACAAUUCUCGAUUCGGGAACAGUUUUGUUCACUCCAAGAGAUCCGCGACAAGUGAUUGAUCGCGAAGCCAAAGCCAAAUAUGACCUGAAAGUGACGGCAAUGGAUUGGGGGAACUUGAGCUCCACCACCGAUCUGACCAUCACUGUGGAGGACGAGAAUGACAAUUCGCCAGUAUUCCAGCAUGGUCCUCUAUUCGUGCUGCUGCCAGAGAUAGCUCGUCCGGGAUCUAAAGUGGUCGAAGUGAAGGCCACCGACGCCGACGAAAGUGGACCCAAUUCUAAGAUCCAAUACUAUAUCACAAACGGCGCGAAAGGAGACAUACGUAUUGACCGGUCGACCGGCGAGAUCUUCGUUGUCGGCGCUCUAAUACCCGGAACUGUUUACUACUUGAAUGUGUCGGCCGUUGACGGCAAUGGAUUGGCCGCUAAGACCAAUGUUAACGUCACUAUUGUUGACGUGAACAAUCAUAGGCCUACUUUCGACAGCACUCACUAUCAGUUCAAUGUAUUGGAAGGCAAUUAUACGGCAAACAAACUAAAGUUGGGUGUCUUGAGGGCCAAAGAUGAGGAUAUCGGCAAAAACGGUGUCGUCGAGUAUACAAUACUCAACAGCGUUGCAGUCGAUUUUCCCUUUUCCAUCGAUGUCCACACCGGAGAACUGUUUGCCAAAGGAUUCAUUGAUAGGGAACACAGAGAAACAUAUAAUUUUGAAGUGACGGCUUUAGACUCUGGAGAACCGCCCAAUAAUUCCAGCACAGAAGUGAAGAUAGUUGUGAAUGAUCGGAACGAUGAAAGGCCAAGAUUUUAUACGGAUCCUUAUUUAGCUCACGUGCCCGAGAAUUUAGACCCGGGACACAAAGUGACACAAAUUGUUGCAUUUGAUCCCGAUAUGGGAGAGAACGGACAGGUCUUCUAUAAGUUAGGCGAAGGACAUGACAACAAGUUUUACAUCGAUGGCAAAGACGGAACCGUUUGGACUCUUUCGACAUUAGAUUACGAGGAGAAGAGCUUCUAUAACAUAACUGUCAUCGCAUACGAUAAGGGAAGUCCGAGUCUGAGUUCAGUGGCUAAGCUAUGGGUGACAGUCGCCGACACAUCCGAUUCUGUGCCCGACUUUGCGAAAGCCGUUUACACUCUAGAAGUGGCCGAAAACGCCAAACCCGGGGAUACAGUGUUUACAAUGAAUGCCGGCGACGGACCCUUCAAAUACACACUUCUGAAUUCAGACGAAAUGAAAACCUUUUCUAUCGAACAAAGCAAUGGAAGAGUAAAACUGACGAAAGCGUUGGAUAGCGUCCACAGAAAUCAUUACAGACUUCUUGUUAAGGCAGAGGACGACAGCGAACCACCAAAAUCUGAUACAACAGAA